AUGACCUCUGUUGAGAAGCGCCGCUCUUGCCGAAAGAGUGGCGGGCAUCGAAGGCACAGCGAUGGAGGCUACAGCGACACCUCCAGCGGUGGGUCCUUCCUGGAUGAGAAUGACCGUGAGGUCUGCAGUCUGACAGACAGGGCAUUCAGGAGUCUCUGUAUCGGCGAUGAAGCUGUUUAUAAUGACUCAGACCUAAGUCUGUCUUCACCCUGCAGUCAGAGAGACAGACAGCUGGCCUUUAGCCAGAGCGGACAGGACAGAGAGGACGGAGAAAGGGAAGAACUUAAAAGAGCUGCACGUGAGAACUUCAGCCUCAAGGUGCAGCAGUAUGGACAGGACUGGAGCCAUGGAAGAAUGUAUGGAGGUGAGAUUCACAGAGAUCCACAAUGGGAGGUUUAUGGAGAAAGGACACAGGGGAGGAUUUCUGCCACAUUCCAGCACUCCGUUGUGGAAACCUCUCAAAAGGAAAAGUCUUUAAAAGAGGAACGGCUCAACUUUCUCAGCAAUGGAGCCACAGAGUUGAGUUCACAGCAACGCAAAAGCAACUCCAGAGUUUCCUCUCUCAUCAGAGCAUUUAAUUCUGAGCGACACAGGGAUGGAGUAGGGAUGGAUGACAAAAUCAGAGAGUGGAAAGAUGACACGAGCUGGGACAAAUCAGCUCUAAUGAGUAUCCAGAGGGAACUUUCUGAAUUCUCAUCAUACCAGCAAAAUUUUCACAGUGGUCAUUUCCCCUCUUCUGGUCCAUUCUCAUAUGGAGACACCAACCUCCACUCCUUUGGAUCUGAUGUAGCAGCAGUGUCUCACAGUUCUGCAUCUUCUUUUAUGAGAUCUUCACACAAUAAACAGAGCAUGUUCACACAGGUCAGCUGCAACUCUAAUGUCUUUAUACACAGUGAGUUUAGUCCCUUCAAGGUGUGGAGGGACCAUAACAGGUUUCCCUUCCAGCAAGGACAAAUCUCAGGCUUUAUGCACUGUUCUGAGUUUGCUAAAUGGUAUGAGACACCUAUGUACAAGGAGCCUUCACAGAUGGGUCAACCACAGGGUCAUUAUACAGGUAUCAGACAGCCAAGGAGUAACUUGGCACCCAUGAUUUCACCAGCUCUUCCACGUUCCACCUCGACAUCUACAGUGCUACAGAACGCUUCAGCUGUGAAGAAACGCUGUGAGUCAGAGUUGGCAGGUCAUUACCCUCACAGAAAAAGAAGCCAGAGUGUGGGAACCAACAGGCUUCCGUCCCAUCGCCCAUCGACUGCAUCACCCACAAUCGAGAUGUCUCGACGUGUGAGGGACACCAUCAGCUCUGUCAAAGCCCUCCAGCACAAAAUCAAAAUGAUGACAGAGCAAAAUAUUACUACUGAAGUGACAGAAAACCAACAAACAGUACUUUACAGAAAUGAAAAUGUAAGUCUAGGCAAUAAUGCAGUAACGGUGGCACCUAACACUAUUGGCAGUAACACAAGCGCCACGCCAUUUAACAUCAGCCAGCUGCUGACACCUCUGGUCCAUGCACAUCAAGAAGCUGUUUCUUCUGAUCUCCAACAUUAUGCAACUUCUCCUCAACCUGUCGAGCAUCCUCCAGUACGAGCUGAAAGCAGGGGUGCGACUCCCGACAUUAGGAUGUCCACCUACAAAUCCAGAGCCACGAGUCUGCUCUUCAAUCUCAAAGACAACAGAAAACGAGUAAAAAGCACCUACAGUCCUACCAAAUUUAAAGCAGCGGAGACACCUGAGAAAAACAAACAGCCACCAACACACGAGCCUAGAGAUACUGUGAUAGAUAUCCCUGAAUUUCCAGAUUCAGAAAUUCAAUUUUCACAGCUACAAGAAUCCAGCAGGACAAGUGCUGCUAUGAACCAGUAUCGCAGCCCAGAACUGUCACUUACAAUGUCAAAUUCUCAACCUGUAAUGGCAACUACAGGCCAAUAUGUAGAAUACUCUUUAAGCGAUUACCAGAGAGCUCAGAUGCAAGCCCAGAUGGUUCAUCACUCUGGGUUUACCGGAUUUUUACCUGAAAACUACACCGGCAAUAAGCUGGCUAAUGGACAGAAUCUCCAUGAAGAUUUAGCAUCAUUUGCUCCCUAUAGGCAGGAUACUGUGGCUGAUAGGAGCAACAGAGAGCUGCACAAGAAGAGCAACAGAGGAAAGCUGCACAAGAAAAGCAGCAAAAAAGAGCUGCACAAGAAGAGCAACAGAGGAAAGCUGCACAAGAAAAGCAGCAAAAAAGAGCUGCACAAGAAGAGCAACAAAGAAGAGCUGUGUAUGAAGAGCAACAAAGAAGAGCUGCACAAGAAGAGCAACAAAGAAGAGCUGCGCAUGAAGAGCAACAAAGAAGAGCUGUGCAUGAAGAGCAACAAAGAAAAGCUGCACAAGAAGAGCAACAAAGAAGAGCUGCGCAUGAAGAAGCAACAAAGGAAAGCUGCACAAGAAGAGCAGCAGAGAAGAGCUGUAGAAGAGCAACAAAGAAGAGCUGCACAAGAAGAGCAACAAAGAAGAGCUGCACAAGAAGAGCAACAAAGGAGAGCUGCACAAGACGAGCAACAAAGAAGAGCUGUGCAUGAAGAACAACUGAGAAUAGCACAAGAAAAACAGAGGGCUGCUGAAGAACUGAAAAGAAGAGCUGCACAAGAAGAACAACAGAGGAAAACUACACAAGAAAAGCUACAGAGAGCUGCAGAAGAAGAGCUACAGAUGAAAGCCGCUCAAAGAGAGCAACAAAGGAGAGCAGUUCAAGAGAUUCAACAGAGGAAGAGAGCAGCUUUGAUUGAGGAACAACGACAGAUUGAGGAGAAGAUACUUGCCAAUACCGAGGCAGACAAGAAAAGAAAACCAAGAGAAGGAGUUAAAGUUAUGCAUAUUUCAGAAGAGGAAAUGAUCGAACAGAUACAAAUAGAAGAGCAAAAGAGACAAAGGCAGAAAAAGGAAGAAUGGAUCAGAACUCAAAAAAGGGAGGCAGAAAUGAGAGCUGUAGAAAGAGUAAACAUCAUAAAGGAAGACAAGCAAGCCAACGAGAGGCCUAAACUUCAUGAAAACAGCCAAGAAGCACUGAAAAAUGAGAUGAGAGUGGAAAAAGAAGGCAUGCUAGCUCAAAGAGAGAAUAACAUCAAGGCUAACAAGAGAGAAGAAGAAAAGUUAACAGCUGACAGUGAGAAGGUGAGAGAUACUCGGAGAGAGCAAAAAAGAGCAGCACAGGUGGAUGCUCUCCAGUACUAUGCCAUCACUUCAACAGAAUCAGAGACAAAACAAAGAGAAAGGCAACUAUGCUCCCCUUCACCCUCCCAACAAAGAAACAAUCUAUCAGAAAAUGAGUCAACUGAGUCCCAUGGGUCCCACACGAGACCCCAUGCCCCUGCAUCUCCAGCUCCAUCUCUGCCCCGAUCCAACACUUCGUCACCUGCUCUAGGAGUCAAGCCCUUAAUGUUCAGAGUAAAGGACAACACCUUCAGAGGUUCCACUUCCACCAAAUCGGUUAAGCCACGAUUCUAUAAGAGCUUUGGAGAAGAUUUCCGGGUGGGUUCACCCAGUGACAGGGGAUUAGAGAAAAGAGAGGAAGAACAGGAGAAAAUAAGACACAGUGCUGGAACUCCUGUCCAGCAUCACACAGGUUUAAAUAGACUCACUGCUAUCAGUGAAUCUUCAACUUUCCAGUCAGCAUCUUCACCACAGGAUCACUCAGCCCCUAUCCCUCAUUAUAGGCCCUUUUCCAGGAGAAGCAUUGCUAUGGAGGAAGAUGACUCACGUUCUCUUAUCAGCAAUAUGUCUGAAGAUGUGGAAAGUUUUGCCACCAGUGCAGCAGACCUGGCAGACAUACGAGGUCUUUAUGACAACGAAAGACCAGAAUCAGCAUGUAGCUUCAGCAGUGAUGUGUCCCGUUCUUUGGGCAAGCCUCCAGCUGUUCCCCCAAAGAGCGAGAAAGCCCUACGGAGGGCUCAAAGGCUAACUACCCGGAGAAUGAAGAAAGAGUUGUCCAAAGUUGGCGCAGACAGCCUUUCUGGAGUUGAGAAAGAUGUCUCCACUAUUCGUUCCUCUUCAUCCACUGAGGUACGAUCCUCUAAUCGCCAUGCUAUGGCUUCCCCUCAUUUUUCCUCACCUGUCUCCCUUGCUAAUGCUCCUGUGUCGGGGUCCAGCUUGCCUUCCACCCAUACAGAACACCAGUCUUCUCACCACUCUUUCCACGCUUCCCCUCAUGCCACUGGUCCUAUUUCUAUCCCUCAUACUGCCGCCGUUUCCCUCCCUGGUGUGUCUCAUUAUGCUACUGGCCCUGCUUCCCAUACUGCUGUUCCUAAGACUGUUGCUCAUGUUCCCUCUUCUCCCACUUUCCACCAAGCCAACCACCCAGCUCCAGUGACACAGUAUCAUGUAGAGUCAAGCUAUCCCCAGGCCUACCCUCUGACCCAGCGCAAGGUGCUGCAAGACCCCGGUUCUGGUCAGUAUUUUGUAGUGGACCUGCCUGUUCAAGUGAAAAAGAAGACUUUCUUUGACCCACAGACAGGAAAGUAUGUUCAACUGAAUGUGCGCGAGUCUGGCAAGAGCAUCUCGCAACCUCAACCCCAGCAAACAUGCCCACAGCCUCAGAUGCAGAUCAAGUCCCAGCAACAGCCCUUCUCCCAGACUUUUCCUGCUGGCAAACCCUUUGUGCUUUAUCAAGGGUAUCCCCAACACUACCAGCCUCCAAGUAUCAACUCCCUGCAUCCCAACAAGUCGCAGGUUCCUGCAACUCUCCACCAGAACCAGCAGCCUGGAUGUCAGGCUUUUGAACUGGGACAAAACUCUGAAGGGCAUCGCUACAGUCCAGAGAAGACUCCGUACAUGGACACGGUUAAUGACAAAGACAAAACAUAUAACACAAUUUACAGCACACAUGGCUCAUAUGAGUCGUUCCCAGAGUGUGACACAAACAGCCAGCUUGCAGGAAGCUCAGUUUGUGAAAAUGAUAACUCAGCCCACUCUCAACAUCAUCCUCGUGAUAUAAUAGCUAUGAGUGAACUGGAUGACUUUAUGGAGGUGUCUGAUUGGUGAGAGUAAAGACUGAUAUUAGAUAUAUAAUAAAGUAAAGAGUGAAUGGAUCAUAAUAUACAUGAUUUUAAGUGGUUGCAAAUGACUUUUUCAAGUGAAAAUAGUCUCAGAAUGUUUUUGGUUUGUAGUUUUAAUAAGUCUCUAUAGCAAACUGUUAUAUUGUUUGUGCUUUUGGA